UCUCAGUGGCCACCCUUGCUUCGACCCUUUAUGGGGGGAGUUGCAAAAGCCACCAGCUCCCACAGACUCCCCGUGGGCUUCGGCCCUCUUCAAACGUCCUCCUGGACCAGCGCCCUGCUGCAAGGGCGGAUCCCCACUGUGCUCCCAGAGGAGCUGGCGGGUGGGCCCGUACCAGUAGUGCAGACAGGCUGUGAAGGGCUGAAUGAAGGAGCAAAGUUGCUUCUCACACGCUCACCCCGCCAGAAGGGCAGACGGCUGCCCCGGCUUUCCCACCGAAGGAGUUCUCUCGGCUCUGAUGCGCCCCUGCCCGGCUACCGCAGCCCCGCCCGGCUAUCUCCAGCUCCGCAGAUUGCCCUGUAGCUUCUCUCUUGAGGAGCCACUGGAACUGACCUACUGGCCCCCACACACCCUGUUAUUCCAGCCCUGGGACCUCACCCCACAGAUCGGCCAACACCCCUCGGUUCCAACCCCCAGCAGCCCUUGCUCCUCCAGUCUCCGGCACCUUGCAAGCCAUGCCAGCCAGGGACGCGGGUGCAUCGUGCCCCCGGGAACGAGGCUGAGGGCAGAUCUGAGCUGGGAGCUCUGGAUCUUCGUUACCGCCCGAUGCCAAUCCAGGAAGGUCAGUGGAGUCACUCCGGUUUCACACCCGUGCAACGCAGAGCCUAGGCCAGUGUGUGUAAACUGGCUGUGGAAGGAGUUGCUCACUCCCAGUCUACUGUGCACUCGGGGCCCUUUAUCCCUCCGCUUAGUGCUGCGUGGUCUUUGCAGCCUUGUAAGGCACAGAGGAGGGGACGUGACGCUCUCCAUGCACAGCCUCAGUCCGUCAGCAAGAGCUGUCACCGCUGGCCCGUUCCCCCCCUCGCUGGAGGGCAAUUGCCCCGCACGCAGGAGAGCUAAUUGCCUGGCAGCGGGAAUGUCAGACCCGCUGGGGACACUGGCUGCACGUGACAGUCACGCCGCUCUCAGGCGCGUUUGCUGCUGUUCGUGGCUUCACCCACCCGCAUUCCUCCUGCUGCUCGUGAUGGGAGGAGGUGUCCCGGGCUUCCUGCUCCCCUCUCCUGCUCAACCCUCGGGGCCUGGCAACCGGCCUUCAUGCCCCUGGCCAAAGCAGCUAGGGGACCCAGCAGGGGGCGCUGCAUGACCAGACCACGGGUGGGCCCAGAGUUGCCUCGAAGGCAUGGCUCACAAGAGGCUGCAGGCGCGGCCCACGGGCCCUGGGCAGGCAGCGCAUCAAAGCCCUGCUGUGAAAGCUUUUCAGCAAGGCCAGCAAUGGGGUCCCCUCCAGCAGAGCGGCCGGGUGCUGCGCACACCGUCACCCACAGGGCUGGGAGCUGCUAAUGGCAGUGGGGGGCAGGGGGGACUUUGUGUCCCCCACAAAGGAUCCCAGCAAUUGGUUACUUGGCAGCGUCCAAGAAUGAUGCAUUUUUAACCUUUUACUUCUGUUUGUAGAAAUGACACCUGUCGGGGGAGUGCCGGGGUGUGGCUGGGCUCUGAGGCAAUCGAGAUUGUAAUGCAGAUGUGCAUUUGGCAUUGUCACAAGUCUGGGGUCACUAGGACGCUGUGGAUGUGACGGUGCGCAGUGCUGGUCUGGAACUUCCCAGCCACGGGAGGGGGGUAGAAAUCUGAUCGUCCAGCUCCAGAAAGCAUAGCACCCUACUACGUGGGCUGCAGGAGACUCUCCACUAGGUGUGGCUGUAUAGGGUCUGUGGCACACAGCUGAGUAGCGCUGAUUACACCACUACCUUCUAGUGGAUAGACCCCCCCCCGCAGUUCAUUGUCACUUGCGGACAGUCAUUCAUAUUUUCCCGAAUCUAGUACAAGGCAACCUGCAGUAGAAGUAACUGACAGCCAUUCUUCUGGGGAUCCCCUGCACGGGGUGAUUGGCUUUUACCUGCUCUUUGCUUUUCUUUUACAGGUACAGUAGCCCAGGUGGCCACCAUCUUUCUUGUCUAGUGGUAAGAAUUUCUUUUUUGAAACCGUCUGCCUGCUGAUCACAGUGGAACCUGUCUCCGGGAGUUAAAGCUCCUCCGGGAGGAUUUUUCAGUGGCUUCUUUUGUUGAAUAUUUUCCUCCCCACUCCCAGUUAAUGAAAGGGGAUUGUGUUGCUAGGUUUCCUUGCUGUAUAUAAAUCAGCCAGUAGAUCUUGCUGUAUGCUCAAUGGCAUUCCAGACGUGGUAAACACAGGAGACAGAGCUGGAGCUUAAUCUGUGUGGGAGCUUGUAUCUGGGUCUCUCAGUGUCGUCUUUAAUAACUGCUUCCUUUCCAGCAGAUCUUUGAUUCCAUGUCAUGUCAGCGCAAGACUUCAACCUGGAUAGGGCCCGUGCUGAGUUGCCAGUGUCUAAUAUGGGGGUUUGCUGUAACUGUUUGUUAAACAGGGUGUGCUUAAAAUAUUUUUUUACAGUAGGAAAAGUGUAUUUCCACCCCACCUCCACCUUCACACACUCUCCCAUAAUUGAAAAGCAGCUGGAGGAAUUUAGCUCAGCCUUUCCACCCCUAUUCACCUUUGGGCAGAGACCAAGCAUGGAAAAUGUCAGCCCCCAAAGAUGCUGGUUUUGCAGUGUUCUGAGCAUGAGAAAACAAAGCUAAAAAGAAAACUCUGCUCUGUGUAUUGCAGGAGCGGUUGGAGGCUCUGCCCGUGAUCAGGCCUCGUUUGUGUGGGGGGCCAUGGGCCAGAUUUUCACCGCACGUGCCAUAAGGGUAGCACUGGGAAAUCUAGCUCUUAACUGGGUGCCUAAAUGAGCAGCACUCUUCUGAAAACCCGUCCCCCCAUGUACACGUAGCAAGAGCCAGUUCCUUGCUAAACAGCCAAAGGCUGGAUUACUAUCUCCAUGCUACAGACUGCAUGCUUCCCUCUCGGGGCUUUUGCCAGCUGCUCAGUUGAAUGCACAGACACCGGCAUCUCUUGUCUCCUUGCUGGAUUAGUUCUCGAACAGCCUUGGCCUAGCUGGGAUUUUUUUUUGUUUUGUUAUUGUGACUAGCAAAUAAAAGGCAAUUUAUCUCUGCCGAAGUCAGACCACGGCCGGGGCUCAGGGAAGCGUUAGAUUUGAAGGGGAGCAAUGAAUGACCCAAGCUUGAUCAUCCAUCAGCAGCAGCAUUCCUUCAAAAUCGAGGGGGCUCAUCUUUCAUGGAUUGUCCAUUUCAAGUUACCGGUGGGUGCCCCAGACCCUGCCAAAUUAGCUUGCAAGCAAUUCGUUGUCAAGGCCUGUCCCCAUAUGAGAGAGAUCAGUGCUACUAUUGCUAUUUUACAAAUGGGGAAACCGAGGCACAAGAUUGCUCAGGCACAUUGUUUCAAGUAAUUCCUCAUGUCAGGCAUAGGAACCAGAAAUCCAGGUAGCCAGGCCGUUCUGUGACCGCUCAUCAACUCACCAGCACCUGUUAGGUGCUUGCUCUGGCCUGGCCGAGCGAGCAGGACUGCGUUCUUAGCUCCAUAGGCUGCCUCGGUGCAGCAGUCUGAGCUCCUUGCUGGAGCUGCAGGGCCGUUCCAGCGCUGGGCCCCACGCCUGCUGUUAGCGGGAACCCCGGUGGCCAGUGUCUGCUGCCUUACAGCAGCUGAGCCUGUUACUCCGUUUCUUUGCCAGCCCAGCCUCGUUUGCAAGACCCUUCCUCCCGCCCCCGUUCCCAGCUCGCCCCGAGCCACUGAUCUGGCAGAGCCUGGUACAGCUGCAGUGAACGUGUCCUUAAAACGAACAACGUGCUCCGUCAUCAUCCAAGAGUACUAGAGCAUGAAAUAUAUGGCAGAAUGGGGGUGAAAUAGAGCCAGAGACAUACAAUUCUCCCCCAAGGAGUUCAGUCACAAAUUUAAUGAACGCAUUCUUUUUUUAACGAGCGUCAUCAGCGUGGAAGCACGUCCUCUAAAAUGGCGGCUAAAGCAUGAAGGGGCAGAUGAAUGUUUAGCGUAUCUGGCACGUAAAUACCUUGCAAUGGCGGCUACAAAAGUGCCGUGCGAACGCCUGUUCUCACUUUCUGGUGACACUGUAAAUCAGAAGCGGGCAGCAUUCUCUCCUGUACAUGUAAACAGCCGGGUUUGGCUGAGCGAUUGGCUGAACGGGAAAUAGGACUGACUGGACUUGGAGGCUCUAAAGUUUCACGCUGUUUUGUCACUUUCUCGAUAAAGAGAUUGCACGACAGUACUUGACCAAUCCUGUUUCUUUUGUUCAUUUUUACAGUGCAAC